UGAAACGCACAGACCAAAUUAAAAGGUCAGAACACACGGAGCGGACGAAAUAAACCAUAUACGUCUACUAACUUACUCUAAAAUAAUGAUGUAAAAAGAAUUCUUGACCUAUGCCUAACUUUUAUACUGCAGAUAUGAAAAAAAGAAAAGAAAGAAGACACCCUGCUGAUAUUUCGUUUUGCAAGAACCUGUUUUGCAGGAGGCGGUGGUCCAUCCACCAUGGAUUACCAACCAUACCACUUUAGCCAUAACCAGCCGCUGCAAACUCACUCUGAAGUUAAAUAUUACACACCUGCUGUUGACAUUACAUGGUCAAGUCAAGAAGGUAGUACGGUCCACAGUUUGUCUUCACUCCUAUAGCCUAGUUUAACUCGGACCCAUGGCUGUGCAAGGAUCCACCCCACUGCUGCGGCUAUACCGACACCGCCUCGGAUUCUUGGGGGUCCGGCAACUCCUGCACGGCACAUGGAGAACCUGCAGCCCACGCGGGCUCCUGUCCUGCCGUUCCCUUCACGUGGAAGGGCCACCUCAUGUCCCCUCAGUGACCAGCAGCUGCGUCCACGGAACGUCCUCCACGUCGCUGGUCUACUCCACCAUCGGACAGUGCCUGCAGGCGGCGGCUCGCCGCUGGCCGGACCGCGAAGCUGUGGUAUUCCCGCAGGAAGGAGUUCGGAAAACCUUCGCCCAGUUUCAGGAAGAUGUGGACAAGACAGCGGCCGGACUCUUCGCUCUGGGCCUGAACCGAGGGGACCGGCUGGGAGUGUGGGGCCCCAACACGUACGAGUGGAUCCUGUACCAGUACGCCACGGCCAAGGCGGGCAUCAUCAUGGUGUCAGUGAACCCAGCCUAUCAGUUGAAUGAGCUGGAGUAUACCAUGAGAAAGGUCAAGUGCAACGCAGUGGUCUGUCCUACCCGGUUUAAAACCCAGGAGUUCUGCCAGAUGCUGAGAGAAAUCUGCCCGGAGAUAAACACAGCUGCCUCCGGAAGAAUCCAAAGCUCAAGGCUCCCAGACCUGCGGAUGGUGAUCGUCACGGACAGCAGACAGCCGGGGAUGCUCCAUGUAGAAGACGUGCUGCAGGCAGGGGAGAGCUCUCACCAUAAGCAGCUCCAGGAUCUGCAGAGCAAGCUGUCCUUCGACGACCCCAUCAACAUCCAGUUUACUUCGGGCACAACAGGAAGUCCAAAAGGAGCCACGCUGAGCCAUCACAAUAUCAUCAACAACGCCUUUUUCGUGGGUCAGCGCAUUGGUUAUGGAUGGAGGCCGAGUGUGCGGCUGUGCCUGCCGGUACCGCUGUACCACUGCUUUGGCUCGGUGCUGGGAGGGAUGUGCUUAGCCACGCACGGGAUCACGCUGGUCUUCCCGUCCGCCGGCUUCAACAGCCGUGCCAACCUGCAGGCCAUCCAGGACGAGAGGUGUAACUUCCUGUACGGUACACCCACGAUGUUCAUCGACAUGCUCAGCCAACCUGACCUCCAGCAAUUCGACCUUUCAUCAGUAGAAGCCGGAAUCAUGGCUGGAUCCCCCUGUCCUCCAGAGAUUAUGAGGAAACUUAAAGUGGAUCUGAACAUUCAAGAAAUGACGAUAGCCUACGGGACCACAGAGACCAGCCCGGUCACGUUCCUGGGGUUCCCGUCCGACCGAGAGGAGUUGAAGAUCAACACCAUCGGAUGCAUCAUGGACCACACCGAGGCGAAGGUGGUGGACCCCUCUACAGAAGAGAUGGUACCUCUGGGGGAGUCCGGGGAGCUUCUCAUCAGGGGGUACUGCGUGAUGCUGGGGUACUGGGACGACCUCAAAAAGACCUCAGAGGUCAUCUCUCCCAGCCGCUGGUACAAGACCGGAGACAUCGCCAGUCUGAACAGUUUGGGCUACUGCCGUAUAGAGGGACGCAUCAAAGACCUGAUCAUCCGAGGAGGGGAGAACAUCUACCCCGCAGAGAUUGAACAGUUUCUCCACACGCAUCCCAAAGUACAAGAGGCGCAGGUGAUAGGCGUGAAAGACGAGAGGCUGGGCGAGCAGGUGUGUGCCUGCAUCAAGCUGAAGGACGGCCAGACAUCGAGUGUGGAGGAGAUUAGAGACUUCUGCAAGGGGCAGAUCUCUCACUUCAAGAUCCCCCACUAUGUGAUGUUUGUUAAUAGCUUUCCUUUGACCGUCUCUGGAAAGAUCAAGAAGAACAAUUUGCGAGAGGAGAUUGAGAAGAAGCUGGAUAUGAAGCAGAAAGUCUGAUUGACUGGAGCGCUAGAAUGGAGGUGUAGAAUGGAGCACUGGUGAAAUUCACAAAAGUGCUUCUUAAGAUGCAUGUAAAAAAAAAGCAAUAUCAAGUCCAUACGAAUAUCCACAACUGCCAAUAGUUUUGUAUAAAUCGAGUUACUAUGUAUAGUCACUUUACCAUAGCACUCAAAUGUCAUUAAGGAACACAUGUCAAGAUUUACAAAAGCAAGACAGACACCUCUAUAUCCCCAAAUUAAUCACUACACUUUUUCACUCCCGAUAUAUUUGUUACAUCUUUUUCAAUAAAAAAAAAAUAGUGAUUCAACCAAAAAUACAUUAAUGCAUCAACGUAUGUUCUCAAAACUUUAUUUAACCAAAUUAGACAAACAUUUGACAAACAAGCCUAGAAUAUAACAUCUGACCACUGUGCAAAAAGUUAAAUUCAGAAGAAAUGUUUCAAACAUGCAAUUCAGUAACAGAAAUAAAUAGGAGCUAAAUAGCAAAGGUCAGUAUAUACAUAUGUGACAACCCAAGACAACCGGUGAGCAGUCUUUACAUGGAGCCAUACCAACGGGUCCAUCUGGAGCCUUUCAGUCUUCGUUCCAAAAUGUGGAAAUUCUAGCACUCACUUUCCGCUAAGGGCAAAUUAACGUUUUGCAUUUUCCGAAAAUGAGAACAGGAUUUAAAUCUAGCUUGCGGAUGUAAACUGAAGGCAACAUCAACGGAACAAGCCAGGAGAGGUAUUACAGUGAACUUACGGUUUGUCAAGACAGUAUAGAAAACGGUACAACGAAUGAAAUGUUAAACGCUUGCUUAACAUAAUCCUGUUAGUCAGGCUUACAGAAUAGAGUGAGCAGGCCCACAAACCGACACACGGCAUAACCAAAAAACUGCUCCCUGAAACGUCAAUGGCCAACCAUAGAGAAAACAAAACUUGAGCAAAGAAACAUUGUGAGAGAUCCCUCCUAAUACAGAACCAGCACAUAUCUGAACAUCACCAUCCAGGCCCCAUCCAGUAGAAACGACCCAUGGGCGUGCUGUCGCUACACGAGUUCCAACCGUUCGGUCAUUUAACGCAUGUACCGGCUGGCUUGUUAGGGAACACAGACAAGAAUAAAUCGCAACGCUCACUUAGAUAUUAUAAGAUAAACUCUGAACAUAACCCUUCAUAAAUACAUUCUAAAUUGAAAUGAGUUUAAACUGUGCAAUUAAAGUGAAAGUAAGUGGAACCAAAACAUUGGGAGAGCUGCAAUUAAGAUCCUUGUCGCGUGUAGAGGUUCCUCGAUGAACAAAAUGAACAAGUUAAUCAUUGAACUGCUUCAGAGCAGAGGUCGAGCGAGAGAGAGAGAGAGCAG